AUGCCUUACCAGUUGCUACCGCGUAAGGCUGGUGACAGGUUACUGAGUGGCGACGGUGAAGACGCGCCUUUCGCAGUGAGGUCGGCAGGGCCAACAACACCGCUAGGGCGAGCGAGGGGACGUGGAAGUGGCCGUCAACAUCGCUUGCUCCCUCAACCCAAGAGACGUUCACCAACACAGGCACAAACCUCUGCUUUCUUCGACCUGGAGUCAGUUUGCUCUCAUAUCAAUGUCAACGACAUCAAGGAUGAGCAACAAGAAAAUCGACUUACGGCCACCAAACCACAAAGCCAUUUUGCACGCAUUUUUUCAGAAAGUGUAUAUGGACAUGGUGGCGACGCGUUCGUCAAGGAUGAGGAUAUGGAUGCCGGGUGCUCCGAACGCCAAUUCAACAAGCGGGUGCCGCGUACGGCCAUUUCCAUAUCGAUAUAUGUUGCCAGCAACUGA